GGGGGCAGCAGACUCCAACCCUGCGCUCUCGGGGCCUACGCCGCCGGGUGGGGAAGCGACUUCCCAGGGCCUUGGCCUCUGCUGACCCAGAGCUGCACCCUGCUCCCAGGCCGAGGACAGAAGAAGGACGUGGGAUCUAGGACUCCACAACGCAUGAACCAGCUCCACAGAGGACUCAGUUCUGUGCACGCUAAGGUGGGUCGCGGCUAGGCAGUGCGCCUGCGCAGAACUGCUUCCGGCUUGAGGGACUACGCUUGCGCAUCUCCGCUUUUUCCGCUUUUCUCCAGCAGCAGCAAGGGCUCAAGGGUGCAGACUUGCAUCCUUACCAAUGGACCUGAUUGGUUUUGGUUAUGCAGCCCUUGUGACAAUUGGAAGUGUUUUAGGAUAUAAGCGAAGAGGUGGAGUUCCUUCUCUGAUUGCUGGGCUUUCUGUUGGACUUUUGGCUGGCUACGGAGCCUACCGUGUCUCCAAUGACAAACGGGAUGUCAAAGUGUCAUUGUUUACAGCUUUCUUCCUGGCCACCAUAAUGGGUGUGAGAUUUAAGAGGUCCAAGAAAGUAAUGCCUGCUGGUCUAGUUGCAGGCUUAAGCCUCAUGAUGAUCCUGAGACUUGCCCUGCUGCUGCUUUAGCAUCUAGAGAAGCUGAGAGCCAAACUCCCAGCAUGCUGUGCCUGGCCUGGCAGGUUCCUGCAUUGAAGUGAUUAUUUUAAAUACAUGGGAAAUGUCUUAUAUUGAAAUGAAAAUAAUGUCACUCUAAUAUUUAAAAAUCAUUGGCAAUGUUUAUUUGUUCCCCCCCCCAAUGCCUUUUUAUUUAAUGCACAGUUUUCAGAUGUUUCUGUUUGCUAAUCCUGCUCUUUGAUGUUUUGUUACAAGCUCAUUUGCUUUGUCUCUUUUAUAUCUGGAAAUUGGGGACUUGCAAUUUUCUGCUUUUGACAAUUCCAAACACUAUGACUAAAAUAAGUUAAAUAAGUUAACUGAAACCUGUCAGACAAUGGGAUUCCUGGGGUGGGCCACAGGAGUGUUAAUGAAUUCUAUGUUACUUUGUACUUGGGGGUUUUAUUUGUAUUAUUGGAGGUGGGGCGAAUUUGCAUAGAAGGAAUUCUAUUCUCAGCACAUCAGCGUCCUGACAGAAUGCACUCAGUGUUCAAAUAAAAUGCAUCUUAUUCUAA